UGUCAGGCAGGACUGACCCUAAAGGAUCCCAGUGGUUUGAGGUGAUGAAUGAAGAUAUAUUUUGACAAAACCUGAAAAAAAAAGGAGUCCCGUGUCUCUCUGAGCCAAUCAGGACGAGCGGAAACAGGUCAGGUAGCUGAAAAGGACCUCAGGGAGAACGUGAGGCAGGCCAGAUCAGCCACGCACAAUAGGAGGUCAGUGGACUCACCUAGGGGGGGAUUAUGUCCAAACCUUCGACCAACGUGAAAGCCUUGCAGGCUAAUCUGAACAUCCCGAUGGGAGCUCUGCGUCCAGGGGCGGGACUUCCUGUCAAGAGGAGAGAGGAGACAGUGGACACAGAAGAGGGUCAACCACAAGAACCACCGCUGAGCCCAGUAACACCAGAGGAGAGGAAAGCUUUGCCGGGGGCAGUGAAGUUACCUGGUCCGACUGUUAACCUAUCAGAGCUACAAAACAAAAAGAAUGAACUGCGAUGGGUCACCAAGGACUAACAUAUAGGUUUCUCUGUGGGUUAAAAUGGUUAAUGAUAAAAGCUACAACCAUCCAUCCAUCCAUCUUCUCCUGCUUACUCCGUCAGGAUCACGGUGGGGCCCGUGCCUAUCUAGCUAUCUAUGGGCGUAAGGCGGGGUACACCCUGGACAGGUCACCAGUCUGUCACAGAAGCUACAACCUAUUCAGUCAAUAUGUAUUGGAAUUGUCUUUGAAUUAUGAAUAAAACAACAGUUAAUCUUUUGUUCUUAAUGAAUGUGUGAAAAGAACAAAAAAAGUAUAAAAAACAAAAUGUCAAAAAUCACAUUUAUUUUUUCUCUGUUUUCGUAUAUCAUUAAUCAAAGCUGCUUUUGGAAAAAGGAAAAAUGUUGAAUAAAGUAAAAUGAGAUAAAUAAGCAUGAAUUGCUGUUCCUUAAAAAAAUCCAGUUGAAAAGGAAUGAAAUGUCUUUACUGUUUUUUUUACUCUAAGUUAUUUAGUGUUGACCUCUCACUGGCUGUAGGGACAAAGAAAAUAGUGAUAUCAAAAACUAGAUUAAAAAAGAAUACAGUAGACUGCACAGGAGCACAAUAACAUGAACCUUGGCAUCAUAGCUUCCUUUUAACUUCCUGUUAAAAGGGAGUUUUUCCUCUCCACUGUCACUACAAGCAUGCUUAGUGUGAGGGAUUGCCUUCGAGUCAACGAGUCGAUGCAAUCAACUGGUUUUCCUUAGAUAUAAAACUUUGAAUCAAUUUGACUGUAUGAUCUGGUGAACUGUAAACUGCCUUGAGAUGACAUGUGUUGUGAAUUGGCGCUAUAGAAACAAACUGAAUUGAAUCGAAUUAACGGGAUUUGGUCAGAAUUUGGAAUUUCCACUAUAAGUUAAAGAAAAAAACUGCAAGUGAAAUUCUAAACAGGAGUGAUGGCUUUAGAAUAAAA